AGCAUGUACAUCUGCACCCCAACCACAGUGCAUGCUCAGUGAGCUCACUCAGGAGGCCAUGAGACUGUCACUGCCACUACUGCUGCUGUUAGGAACCUGGGCUGCCCCCAGGGGCCUUGGAGAAAAGGCCUGGCUCUCAGCCACUGCCCCACAGCUUGAUGAGGAGGAGAAGUACUCAGCCCACAUGCCUGCUCACCUGCGCUGUGAUGCUUGCAGGGCCGUGUCCUAUCAGAUGUGGCAACAUCUGGCAAAGGCAGAGGCCAAGCUUCAUCAUCCAGACUCCAGGGGGACACAGGGGCUGAGUGAGUCCAUAUACACAGACAUCCUGGACCGAAGUUGCUCCCAGAACUGGCAGGACUAUGGUAUCCAAGAAGUGAACCAGGUGAAACAUCUCACUGGCCCAGGUCUUAGCAAGGGGACAGAGCCAAGCAUCAGUGUGAUGAUCACAGGAGGCCCCUGGCCCAUCAGGCUCUCUGAAACAUGCUUUCACUACCUGGGAGAGUUUGGAGAAGACCAGAUCUACAAAGCCCACCAACAAGGCCGAGGAGCUCUGGAGGCACUGCUGUGUGGGGGCUCCCAGGGGGCCUGUUUGGACAAGGAGACAGCCACAAGGAAAGAGCUCUAGUCCAUCACUACUCCUAUCCCUUAAAGAGAAGCUGGGACCGCCUCUGGACCUUUCCUGUUCUUUCUGCAGGCUGCCAGAGGGCAGGGAGGUGCUGCUGCUCUUUCCUCCUACACUCUGGGGCACUAGGGCCUGGGAGGGACAUAGUCUUUCUCUGAACUCAAAUAAAACCCAGUGAUCUUAA